UUAUUAUUUUAUUAGCCACACCCAAGUAGGGAGGUGCUUACACGAGGAUAUGGACCUGAAGUUGCUCUGUCUGUUUCUUUUCUUCAGUUCGAUAGAAACUGGCCUGGGAGAAGGUCCUAAGCUAACUCACCCUGCUUUCACCAGUGCUGCUGAAAUGACGCUUAAAGUAAUCUACUGUCACAGCUGAGGGUAUCGGAAGGUUUUUGAGCAGUACACUGCUCACCUGAGGGAAGAUAUGCCCUCGCUGAGUGUGGAGGGGAGGGUCUACCCAGCUGGUCCCGUUGCGACAGCGUUAAGUAACAUUGUGUUUAUUAUUCGACUUUUAUGUAUUGCUGUUAUCAUUGGGGGAGGACCAGAGAUGCUGCAAAGAUUUGGUAUUAAUAAUACGCCACAAUGGCUACUUUGGAUGUUUGAGAAUAAGAUGGCCUCAGUCCUGCUUCUGGUGGUCAUUGGAGGUCAGAUUGAGAAUCAGUUAUUGUCAACUGGUGCAUUUGAAGUCUAUCUCAAUGAGAAACUGGUCUGGUCUAAGUUAGACUCAGGUCGGUUACCUUCAUUUGGAGAGUUCAAGUCAUUGCUUGAUGAUCCCUCUAUCCGCUCUUCCUCUGCCUCCUUUCUAGAACAUAACGAUGCACUCCCAGAAAUGGAGUCUUAAAAUAAUAUAUAAAUAAUUAUAUUAUUGUAUUUAUACUAUUGUUGUGAAUGGAGUUAUUGAUCAGUUGUAGAUAAUGUGAAGGAGAGAGAAUAAACACUGUACGGUGUGUCUCUUUCCUGAUAUUUGAAUAUUUGCAGCUGGUUCUUAAAUCUUUUUUGCAUCCAAAGUGUGUGUAAAUGUGUACCAUAAUUAUUAUAAUAGACUUUAUUUUAAUUAA